AUGCCAGAAGUGCAGCAAUCAGGGGAGAGAUCGAGCUCGCGAUCUUCUUCCUUCGAGAAAGGCUUCCAAGACUAUCCUUUGACGGUGCUGGAGCAUGAAACUGACACUGACAGCAGCCACUUGGUCCUGGUAGGGCGGGAAAGCUCCGACGUCCGGCCCGAUGCAGCCACGAGGGAACCUCUGCUGCCAACCUCCACCCCGAAUCUAAAUCGACAGCAACCGCCCGAGAAAUUCUCAUGCUCAAUAUCUGGUAUCCGCACUUGGGUCAAAGGUCCCUUUCCACCAUUUGAGUACAAAAUCACUCCAUGGCUAGGCCGCUGGCAGACGGCUCCCGCCCGUUAUGUGGAGCAUCACUUUCCAAGUGCCCGUGCCAAAGUAUUGCUUCUUGUGGCUUGCAUCACCGUCUGGGGAGUGGUGUUUGUGUCUCUCCUGCAUUCUUCAAUUACCGGACAGGAGCUUGCUGGAUAUGGAGUCCCAGUCAAGCUAUCUUGUCAUUCCCGACUCUGGUAUAAUUCCACGGAAUGCGGUCUCAAUGGAGAGACUUGUCUUCCAUUUGAUAAUGGUGGUUUCGCCUUUCGCUGCCCCGCCAGCUGCAAAGAUGCGAUCUUGCUUGAGCCCUAUGUUGUAGGGCCCCAAGAGUACAACUACCGUCCCCUUGUCAUCGGAGGAUCCUUUGCGAACAAAUCAAUCACAGACAGCCCCAGGAAUCUCGGCAUCUACCGUGGCGACUCAGCCAUAUGCCCAGCUGCCCUCCAUGCCGGCCUUGCUGAUGACCAAACCGGCGGCUGUGGUGUGCUCCGCCGAACAGGCGAGCACAGCGACUACCCUUCCAUCUUGAAAAAUGGGAUCAGGAGUAUUGGCUUCCCAUCCUCGUUUCCGCUCUCCUUUACCUUCGAAGCCGACCCAUCCGGAGGAUCUAGUUGUCGAGACCAGCGCUGGAUGCUCUUCACCUUUUCUCUCAUCACCACCAUACUUCUCUCCCUCUUCACCACCUCCUCGGCGAGCUUCUUCGCAUCAGUUUACUUCAUCGUCUUUUUCCAAGUGGCCCUGUCAUCAGACCCUCCUUAUUCUCCGAGCUAUCUGGAGAUUGUCUCCACUGCUCUCGGCCGUUUUCUCCCGUGCGCUAUCGUCGGCUGGGCCAUGUACCACUUCGUUGUGCGGCGCACGCUCCACGACCUCUCCGCCCGCUGGGACCAGACCAUCCUCUGGCUCGGCCCCUGCUGGGUCGGUGCCCUGAACACCGACACAUUCGACAAGAUCCCCAUCUCCCGCCUCACGCCACAUGACAUCCAGCAACAGCCCGGUGCGAUCCCCGCCCUGAUCAUCAUCGUCGCCUGCCUCGUUCUCAUCGUGCUCACCCAAGCCCUCGCCUUCCGCAAGGAGGGUCGCCUCCCGCAGAUGCUCACCCUCUACGCUAUAUUCCUCGGGGCCAUCAUUGUGCUCCUUCUCGUGCCUGACAUGAACCUCCGCAUCCACCACUACAUCCUCAGUCUUCUGUUCCUGCCAGGCACAGCUCUGCGGACCCGCCCGAGUCUGGUGUACCAGGGCCUGCUAGUGGGGCUCUUCAUCAACGGCAUUGCGCGGUGGGGGUUUGACUCCAUCCUGCAGACCAGCGCCGCAUUGUUGGAGGGCGCGCAGCUGGGGAGCGUCUUGCCCGCGAUUGGAGCGCCGGUGGUGCUGGGAAGCGACCAGAUCGCUUUUGCGGUGCGGAGGGAGAAUUUGGUGAUAACCAAUGGCCCGGACACAUCCGUCGGGGACGGGAUCAGUAUUCUGGUCAACGACGUCGAGCGGUACAGGAGCUUCUGGCCAGAAUUGCUGGAUGGUGAGGGUGCUGAUGCUGUUGCUGGGGCCCCCGCGGGAGCAGGGGAGGGAUUGUUCAAUUGGACGAGAAGGGUAGAGGGCGAGGACGAGUAUUUUCGAUUCGCUUUCGUGCGAUUGAAUGCCUUGGGCGGGUUCUGGUAUGAAGAUUUCACGAAACCCGUGGUGUGGACGAAGGACGGGCUGUGGAAGGCGCCGGAGGAGCUUGAGAAGAAAACCGAGGGUGGGGGAGAGCAUAAUGGGAAGGAGGAGCUGAGCUCGAACUAA